ACCCUCAGAGGACCGGCACUAGCUGCCCCCGCUAAGCCAUCGGCACUCCCGCCUGGGCAGGAGGUUGCGUGCGAGGCUCAGGCUCCUCCCGGGGUCCAGCCUGGGGAUGCGGAGUCAGAGAUUGCAAUAUCUGAUCCGGCUGAGUCAUCCACCGGAAGCCUUGCCAGAAUCAAAGCGGACGUGAAUUAUCCACCAAGCUGGACAAGGACCCAAGGCGGCAGCAGCAGCAGCAACAGCCGCAGCAGGAAUCCCCCAGAUACAAAUCUUCCCUGAUGGAUAAUCUCGGGGAAGCAAAUGGCACUUUUGCCAUCAACUUAUUCAAAAUGUUGGGUGAAGAGGACAACUCACGGAAUGUGUUCUUUUCUCCCUUGAGCAUCUCCUCUGCCCUGGCCAUGGUCCUCAUGGGGGCCAAAGGGGACACGGAGGCCCAGAUAUCACAGGCACUUUGUUUGAAUACAGGUAAAGAAGUCCACCAAGGUUUCCAGUCACUUCUCUCUGAAGUUAACAAAUCCGGCACGCAGUACUUGCUCCGAACUGCCAACAGACUCUUUGGAGAAAAGACGUGUGAGUUCCUCCCAGCUUUUAAGGAAUCCUGCCAGAAGUUCUACCAGGCAGAACUGGAGGAGUUAUCCUUCACUGAAGACACUGAGGAAUGCAGGAAUCACAUAAAUGACUGGGUCACAAAAAAGACUGAAGGUAAGAUUUCAGAGAUACUCGGUGUCGGGACAGUUGGCCCACUGACUAAGCUGGUUCUCGUGAACGCCAUCUAUUUCAAAGGGAAGUGGAACGAGCAGUUUGACAGAAAGCACACGAGGGGAAUGCCCUUUAAAACCAACCAGGAAGAAAAGACAGUGCAGAUGAUGUUUAAGCAUGCUGACUUUAAGAUGGGCUACGUGGAUGAGGUGCACAGUCAGGUCCUGGAGCUGCCCUACGUGGGGGAGGAGCUGAGCAUGACCGUUCUGCUGCCUGACGACAACACCGAUCUCACCAUGGUGGAAAAAACACUUACAUAUGAGAAGUUCAGAGCCUGGACGGAUCCAGAAAAGAUGACUAUGGGUAAAGUUCAAGUUUUCCUUCCCCGAUUAAAGCUGGAGGAGAGUUACAACUUGGAGUCUUUUCUUCGAAGUUUAGGAAUGACUGAUGCUUUUGAGGAAGCCAGAGCGGACUUUUCUGGAAUGUCGACUAAGAAGAAUGUGCCCGUGUCCAAGGUCUCACACAAGUGCUUCGUAGAGGUCAAUGAGGAAGGCACGGAGGCAGCUGCGGCCACUGCUGUGGUCAGGAAUUCCCGGUGCAGCAGAAUAGAGCCAAAGUUUUGUGCAGACCACCCAUUCCUCUUCUUCAUCAAGCACCACAAAACCAACAGCAUUUUGUUCUGUGGCAGAUUCUCUUCUCCAUAAAGAGGUGCUGUACAGGUACUCCUUUCCCUUCUGCCCACCUUGCCUUAAUUCAAAUUCUGUGUGACCAAAUUGGUGUGAUGGUUUGCGUGCCACAAUAAAGUGUGUGCAUCUGGGAAGUCUGCGAUAGUCUUGACUAAAUAAUCCACAGCCACUGAGAGUAACUCAGGCUUCCGACGUGUAGAGUUUGAGGCUGUUCUCAGGCUGGAAUAUCUGGGAGCUCCUCCCUUUCAUGAACUCUGCCCUCACCUACCUGCUAUAGGAUGGCCAGCUCUCCUCAGAGUCGUGCCCACUGUUUGUGGGCAUCUUCAGGAGCAUGUCAAAGAUUCACGAAUCAGCCCUCCAUCCUGCAAUGAUCUCAAAGCUGUGCCCAGCACCACUGCCAGGCUCACCAGGAGAUGCUAGUGCCCAGGCCCGACUGCACACAAAGCCCGGGUGGGAACUCCAGAGUGAACACUGCAGCCACAAAAUUCUCUCCCCUGUCAGUAUCACACAGACAGCCCACCACACCCCAUGUCUCACACAGGCCGUUAGGAAAACCACUCCUUCAGGUCUUCUUGUCAUCAACCUCAGAGACGAGUUCAGGGGCUUAGCACUGAGCUUCAGGACUGAGCUUGGCAGAGCCAAAUCUCUGAAACAUACCAUGUAGUCGUCUCCAUUCCCUUUGCUUCUGAAACAUACACACAUUCCAAAGGAACCCAGACCAAGCACCUCUUGGAAGCAAUGACCCUUCCAGUUCAUCAUAUAUGGUCCGACAUGGCUCAAGUACCCUCCUGCUUAAAAGCAAAUCUCCCUACAUUAUUUUUUUCUGAUUAAAAAAUAAUUUGUGUUAUGGCAGCACUUUGGAAACUAUAGAAAAGUAUACAAAGAAAGUUUAAGUUAUCCACACAGUGCUAGUACCCAGCAAUCAUUGCUGUUAACGAUGAUAUAUAUCCUCCUUAUUCUAUGUCUGUGAAUAGAAGUUAUAAACAUUUUAACCCAAGUUAAUCAUACACUUCUGUAGCUUAUUUCUACCUUUACUAUAAAUCUUCAAGAUAAUUAUCUUCCUAUAUCAUCAAUUUAAUGUGUCAAAUUGUAUGACUAUAUUUUCUAUAAUCAAAUCUAAUUUGGGUAAUUAAAAUUUUUCAUAUUAUAUAUUAUUCUGUUAUGAAUAUCCUAAAUAUUUCUAAACAUGCUUAAUAUUUUUAAAGAUACAUUCCAAAAAAUGAUACAGUCAAGAUAAAAGUUGGGCACAGUUUGAGACUUCUUCCAAAUUGGUCUCCAGAACGUUGUUUUAUACUCCCACUUCCAUCACCAUUUUAUGUUCCAUUAACUGCUGCUUAACUUUUUUAUUAUGAGUUGGACUGAAAAGUGGUUAUUCCUGACUCAAUUUUCGAUUCAGUUCCCAGCUACAUGAACCAUUCAUUUUAUAGCUCUUACAGUUCACCAAAGUAGAACAUGUUCUCUGUUGGGCCACGUUCAUAUCAAACUUUCCAAAACAGGUUUGGCCAAACAUUAAGCAUACACUGGAAAGCAAGCCUCUGUGAAGCUUAAUCUCACUUCUACCUUUAAUUAAAAAACAAAUCUACACCUUUAGUGGGGUAUAAUUUACACAGAAAACCUUUACACAUUUAACAAUUUGAUAAGUUCGAUACACGUAUGCUCCCAGGAAACCAUCCCCACAAUCAAGAUUAUGAAAGAAUCUGUUGCACCCCAAAAUUUCCCCUGUAUCUUUGUAAUCCUUCCCUUUGCCCUUCCCUUUCCCAUUCCAACCACUGACUCUUAAUUUUUCAUGCACGCAUUGGUCUGCUCUCUGUCACUAUAGCUUAAUUUGCAUUUUCUAGAAUUCAGUAUAAAUGGAAUAAAACAUCAUAGACUUUUUUUUGGGGUGGCUGCUGUCACUCAGUAUUGUUGGAAUUCAUUCAUGUGCAUGUCAAUAAUUUGUUCCUUUUUACUGCUGAGUAAUAUUUCAUUGUAUGGAUAUACUGCCAUUUGUUUAUCCAUUCACUUUUGAUGGACAUUUAGGUUGUUACCAAGAGUUUGCCUAUUGCAAAUAAAGUUUCCACGUGCAUGUCUUUGUGUAGGCAUAUGCUGUUAUUUCUGUGGGGUGGACACAUGGGGGUGGAAUGUCUGGGCCAUGUGGAAAGUGGAAAACAGUUUGGCCAUUUCUUUAAAAAUUAGGCAUAUGCCUUCCACAAGGCCCAAAGUGGUUGAACUAUUUAACAUUCUCAGUCGAGUAGUUGAGGCUUCCAGUUGCUCUACAUCCUCGCCAACACUUGUUAUGGUCAGUACUGUUAUUUUAGGUGUGUACUGGUAUUUCACUGUGUUUUCAGUUUGCAUUUCCCUGAGGACUAAUUAUGUCCAGAAUUUUUUCAUGUCCUCAUUUCCCAGCCAUACAUGCU